CUUAUGGGCGUGGUCUAGUCUAAAGGGGAGGGGUUUUUUUUUAGUGCGUGUGUGUUUGUGUGCAUGUAUGUGUGAGUGUUCUCCCCGGGCGCAUGAGAUGAGCCGCCUGGAGUCUUUGCAGUCACUGUUUUCGCCUCCUCCUCUUGUCUCCGUCUCACUGUCCAGUCCGGGAAUGAAACCUUGGAGUGAUCCAGUGCUGCCGAGUGUCCCUCCAUCUCCACACUACCACUCUACGUAUUUGGCUCUGGGGGCCGUAGCCUGCUUCAACUGAACGCAUUUGGAAGUAAGGUUCUCCUCUGUCCACCUUGUUUUGAAACUGAUCCAACUGGGGAAAUAAUACAAAAGUACCGAGAAACAUAAAACAUGGCUGUGGCUGGAUGUCCGGAUUAUUUCCUACAUCAUCCAAAUUAUCAGCAGGACAAUAUAGACCGGUCAUCCACUCACAGACAAGCUGACCUCAUUGGUUCUCCAAGUCAUCAAGAGGAUGACGUUGAUCUGGAGGCCCUGGUGAAUGAUAUGAACUCUUCGUUAGAGAGCCUGUACUCCACCUGCAGUGGUCAGCAGACGGAGUCCACUCCACUAAUUCACAGCGGACAGACCUCACACCAUCACCACCACCACCAUCAUCACGCACAGCACAACCAGCCACGGCAUGGUCAGCACUCACACGCUUUAAGCCACAUCUCCGCAGAGCCGCUCUCCUCCUCCUCGUCGGUGGACUCGCCCCAAACUAGCUUCCGACGGUCACAACCCGUGCACAUCCUCGCUGUCAGGAGGUUGCAGGAAGAGGAGCAGCAGCUGAGAACAUCAUCUCUCCCAGCCAUCCCCAACCCCUUCCCCGAGCUCUGCAGUCCUGCAAGCUCACCUGUUCUGAGUCCGGGGUCCCUACCUCCCGGAGAGCCAUCUGCUGGCACAUAUAUUGUAAAGAUCUUUAGUGAAGAUGGCAUUGGUAAAGUGGUGGAGAUCCCAGCCGACAUGACAGCCAGGGACCUGUGCCAGCUCUUGGUUUAUAAAAGCCACUGUGUAGACGACAACAGUUGGGCACUUGUUGAGCACCACCCACUGCUAGGGCUAGAGCGCUAUCUAGAAGACCAUGAGCAGGUGGUUCAGGUCCAGACCUCUAUGACCAGCGACAGUAGAUUCCUGUUCAGGAAGAACUAUGCCAAAUAUGAAUUCUUCAGAACCCCCCUGACAUUUUUCCCGGAGCACAUGGUUGCAUGGUGCCAGGAAACCAAUCGCACGAUUCCACCAUCUCAGCUCCUUAAGAACUUUCUAGCAACCAGCAGCUAUCCGGAGAUCCAGGGGCACCUGUAUGUGAAAGACGUGGGUCGGAAGUCAUGGAAGAAAGUUUACAUGUUCCUGCGGCGCUCAGGACUCUACUGUUCUACAAAAGGAACCUCAAAGGAGCCCAGACAUCUACAGUUACUAGCAGACCUAGAAGACAGCAACAUCUUCACUGUCAUCACAGGCAAAAAGCAGCACGGUGCACCCACAGACUACGGGUUCUGCAUCAAGCCCAAUAAAGGUCGAGGGGAGUUGAAAGAUUUGAGGAUGCUGUGUGCUGAGGAUGAACAGGGCAGGACCUGUUGGAUGACUGCCUUCCGACUCUUUAAGUAUGGGAUUGUACUGUACCAGAACUAUAAGAUUCCUCAGCAAAGGAAAACUUUACUUUCACACUUCUCAGCACCUGUGCGGAGUGUAUCAGAGAACUCCCUUGUGGCAAUGGAUUUCUCAGGGAGGAUAGGCAGGGUGAUUGACAACCCUGUGGAAGCUCAGAGCGCUGCCAUGGAGGAGGGACAUGCAUGGAGGAAGAGGAGUCAACGAAUGAACAUAUUAGGCUCCCACAGUCCACUGCACCACUCCUCAAUAAGCUCAGUCAUCCACAUAGCUCAGCUGUGGUUCCACGGCAGGAUAACCAGAGAAGAGUCCCAUCGCAUUAUCCAUCAGCAGGGACAAGUAGACGGGCUGUUUCUGCUGAGGGUCAGUCAGAGUAACCCCAAGGCGUUUGUACUCACACUGUGCCAUCACCAGAAAAUCAAACAUUUCCAAAUACUACCGUGUGAAGAGGAUGGCCAAGUCUUCUUCAGCCUUGACGACGGCGCCACCAAAUUCACCGACCUGAUUCAGCUGGUGGAGUUCUACCAGCUCAACAGAGGAGUGCUGCCUUGUAAACUCAAACACCCGUGCACAGUUGUGGCCUUAUGACGUCUUUGGAACAACUGACCCCUGUCACUUGACCUGACUCUCCCUAAAACAAACAAAACCAGAAGAAUCUUUUUUGUUGGGUGAUUCUUUUGUGUUAACGUUUAUAAGAAGCUGGUGAAUUGACUGUUUGAUUGUUGCCGUUUUAUAUUGUUGCGAGUCCGCCGGGGCCUGCGGACUUGUUGGAUUUUAUUGAAUUUGCAUGGAUGUUUGAAGAGUUGGAUGCGCAACCUGUCCAUGAUUUUUCUCAGUUAAGGAAAAGGAAAUGAACACUGCCAUUUGUGUCAAUGCUAUUGCAAAAUCUUCCACAAUGUACCCAUAGUCAUCAAUAAGCUUGGACCGAGAGACCCUCAAGUGUUUUUCACACAGCUCAAAUACAGGCUGUAUUUCCCUUAAACUGGACAAUCAGCAGGACAUUCAAGCUUUCGUGUGGACCACUCUGCUCUCUGAGAACAGACUUCAAACUUUUCAUCACACAUCCUCAAAGAAUAUAUUGUAAAUGGAAAGUUGAUUGUCUUGUAGUUUUGCACUCAUUGAACUGGGAGUGGCCUUAAUGGUGCAUGACCUUUUUGCUGUUGCAUUGUUUAACUGUGAGCUGGUGCUACGGCUCUCUAUUGUCAUAGGCAUGUAAGGACAUGUCCAAAAUCAACAUGGAGGAGAUCUGGAGGAACAAGAACCUGUCCUACUUUUGAAUCCUUUAAGAGUUGGAGACUUAAGACGUUUGUCACAUCAAACUACCCUGGAGAAGGAAGCUAAGGAAAAAUCUGGAACUAUUAAAACAAAGUAUUUUUUUUAACAAGGGACAAUAGAAAAAUCUGGAUUGUCUCAGAAAUUUAUUUGCUCAUCUCUGACCACACAGGGUUUAUUUUCUUAUUGAUACAUUCAUUACAUUUGUGUAUUGUCAUCGAUAUUCUCUUUAAUAAUAAUGUUUUCAGUCCGCUUUAUGAAUUCUUGAUAUUUGCAACUCUUCAUUAUUCACAUAAGCCACAAUAAGGUCAGUCUGUACUUGCUAUGCUUAUGCAAGCUUCUGUUCCCUAACGUAUUUCCCAGACAACUUCUACAAAAAACAAAAUGAGCAUGACUCAGACCAUGAUGUCAUUCAGGGUAACAUAACAAGUAAUAACCAUAGAACAACUGUAACCAGGUCGAGCUGAUGUGACUGUAAUGUUGAUAAUUGAAUCCGGUUAACUUUGGGAUAAAAUAGCAGGGCCAGCCAUAUUCAGUAGUUUUAUACGUUUUAUUUCACUGCAGUCAAAUGUAUACA